AUGGUGGCCUCCGUCGGCUGGCUGGGGGCCCCUCUCGUGUCCCGCGCACUGCUCGCAGCCUCAGGCGAGUCCGGGGAAGUCCCGCGCAAACUGCCGCUGCCUGUCUGGCUGCCCCUGGACGUCCAGGCGUCGCCCACCUACGAGAUACUCUACCUCUUAGAGGCCUACACCACCACGCUCACUGGUCUCGUCACCCUCUGUAUAGAUGUCCUCUUCAUUAGACUCAUGCUCAUGGUCACCGCCGAGCUUGAAGUUCUGAACUACAAUGUUUCGACUAUGGCAAAGGGGCGUGAAAAAAAUUCAGACGAUCUAUAUAACCAUGGUCAUAAACAGAAUAUGGAGACCCAGGACUUUUACAGGAGAGAUAGAGCACUUCAGAUGGCUGAAACAGUCUACAAACAUGGCUCUAAUUUCCAGUUGUACCAAGAAUUAGUGACCAACGUUCGCCAUCAUCUGAUUAUCCUCAGGACCGUCGACUUAUUGGAGGCAGCAAUGAGCAAAUCGAUUAUAAUCCUUCUCCUUAUUAAUAUGGGUGCUUUAUGUUCUAAUCUCCUCGUUGUCGGUGUGCUGUUGCAGGCUGGUGGUGGAGUGACACGACCCCUGACUCUGACCGCCAUGAUACCCUUCCUGCUGUACCAGACUGGCAUGUUCUGCGUCUUCGGGCAGUUGGUAACCGACCAGAGCGAGAAACUGACGAUCUCUGCAUUCAGCUGUGGAUGGAACGAGAGUGACGCCCGUUUUAGACGCAGCCUGCUGAUCUUCAUGGCGAUGGUAAAUCGACCUCUGGAGAUCACUGUUGGGAAAACCUGUAAACUAUCCAGAGAGAUGUUCCUACAGGUGCUGAAUGGAUCGUACACGUUGUUCAAUAUGUUUUAUCAAGUGCACAGUACAUCGUGAAAUGUCGGCACUGGCUGCAUUCUG